GGCUGUUGGGCGACUCCCGGCCCCUUACGAGGCUGCCCGGGUUCCUUCCUCCCUCGCAGGUUGGCGGCUGACAGCGCGAUGGACCUGGCGGGGCUCCUCCUAGACGAAGAAGGCACCUUCUCCCUCUCCGGCUUCCAGGACUUCACGUUUCUCCCGGGACACCAGAAGCUGAGCGCGCGGCUCCGAAGGAGGCUUUACUAUGGCUGGAACUGGGAGACCGACGGUAGCCUGGAAGAGCUCUCCAGCCCCGUGGCAGACAUUGCUGUGGAAAUACUCCAGAAAGCAGCCCCCAGUCCUAUCCGCCGACUUCAGAAGAAUUACGUAUCUCAUGUGUCCUGGGAGGCGUGCAUCUCCCCAUGUGCCAUGAUGCUAGCCCUCGUGUACAUUGAACGGCUCCGGCACCGAAACCCCGACUACCUACAGCAUGUGUCAUCCUCGGACCUGUUCCUGAUCUCCAUGAUGGUGGCCAGUAAGUACCUCUACGAUGAAGGGGAGGAAGACGACGUCUUCAAUGACGAGUGGGGAGCUAUUGGGGGUGUGGCCGUGCCCACCCUGAAUGCCUUAGAGAGGGCCUUCCUGAAUGCCAUGGAUUGGCGUCUCUACACUGACCCUCGGGAGAUCUUCGAGGUGCUGAGUUGGCUGGAGAGCUGCGUGGCUGAGCAGCAGGGCCGACGACGGGGCUGGUACACCUAUACAGACCUGUGCGUGCUGCUGGAGCAGCCAGCCUGGCAACUGGCUCUGGGCUCCAUCUGCCAACAGCUGGCAAAGCUCUCCUGCCUUUUAGCCGUGGCGUAUGUGAGCGGGGUGGCUCUGGCUGUGGCAUCGGUGGCUGUGUUGCACCAGUCCUUGGGCUUGUCCUGCAGCCCUCCACCGGGCCCUCCCGACUUUGGACUGGCCUCCAGGUGCCUCUGGGAACCCUGCAUGUCUUCUCCCCUGCCACAGUUCCUGCCGCCUCCUGCUAACAUCUCUAGUGGCCUGGAAGAAGACAUCGUGCUCCGUUCAGUCUGGGGAAGUCUCCCGACCUCCCUGACUCCCCAGCCCUUGCCUCCUCCAGACCCUCCUGCUCCUCCCGUUCUUCUCCACGACUGCCCCCUCUGCCAGAAGCUUCAGAGAGACUCCGCAACCUGCCAUGCCUGCCGCCAGCCUAACCAUACGGUCUCUCCUGGGCCUCCCAGCCCCUGGUACCACACUCACAGCCUGGCUGCCCCUUGUCCUUGGAGCCCGAGCCUCCCUCCCCUCUCCCAGCCCCAGCAGUGUUCUCUCAUAAGUGUCAUGGAGCUGGCCCGCCUCAAAUCGUUCAUCUUUCCAGGCUAG